UACAGCUACCAUGACUCCACCAGCAUUUUUGGUGGCACCCAACAAGAACCGUUGUGCUGGUUGUGAAAAGAUGGUUGCGGUUAUGGAACCGGGUGUUGUUCCAGGGCCCAAUGGUAGUCGAUGGCAUGCUUCCUGUCUAGUGUGUGGUGGAAAAGGCGUUCAAAAGAGGUCGGGCGAGCCUGGAUGCGGCAAGAAACUGGACAGGGAUGCAAAACUGGAUCCAGAGGGUAAGACCUGGUGCUCGAGUUGCAUGACACUCCUGAUUCUUAAUGGCAAUGUGGCUUCGGCCUCUACCAGGACACCGGUGUCAGCGACGUUUAGUGGUGCAACACCAUGGUUGCCCAUCCACCACACGGGCGCAUCGAGCGUGUCAUCACACACCACUGGAAGCUCCACGUCCACAAUACAGGAUGCCCCUUAUUCUCGGCCAAGGUCCAUUACCGCAGUUCGAUCGAAUGCUUCUGAGGCCGCUCUAGGGAUGCUCAACGCGAGAAAUGGGAGCACCAGCCCUACAAAAGGCAUGCUUGGUGGGACUGUACCUGUCAAUCGCAGCCUGAGCACGAAGCGAGCUUCCCGACCUCGUCCAAAGAGCGUAUCUGUUCUUCCAAUGCUCGGCUUGUCUAACAAUAGAACUGGACGGAUGGAUCUUCUCCGAGAGACAAAUUCAAGCUUCCUAUCUCGUAUUGAGUUGGAGGGAUGUGAGCGUGGGUACAUAGUAAGCACCUUGGAGUCUGCCACUACCCGAUCACAACGUAGUCAAAAGAACUCUGCAAAGGCCGAACCUGAUCGACCAUUGGAAUAUAACCUGAAACUAUUCCCCAUGUCAACGACCUGUUUGGGACCAUUUAAGGCCAUCCAAUUCUUGGUUCCACCUUCAGAUUUGGCCAGUGCAAAAGUCCUGCCGUUAGAGGAGUUUGCUCUAGAAUUUCGUGAUAUCACUGUUGGAUUGGAUCUUGUUCAUGAUGAUGAUAAAAUCCUUGCUAACAUGGUUGUGGAAGAGGGUCUUAUGUGGAGGGGAAUCGUCCAUUUUGUAAACACCGCAGGCAAUAAAAAGCAAAUAUCAAGAGAAGGGAUGCAGUUAUUGACUAAUAAAGCCCAGGAAAAAGACAUUAGAAUCGAUUGGGAAAAGGGUUUUGAUGUGAUAUUAGAAGGUCUAUAUUGGCGACAUACAACUGCGUUGGGGCCUGUAUCUGCACCUUCACUUAAACUGUUUAUCGAUAUGAAGCAGGUCGCAUCUACUUCAGGCUCAGAUGACUACCGAAGAUUUGAAGUUAUUACCAUGCACCCAUUGGUUCGGGAUAGGUCUCAGAAGGUGCUUGUUCAAAGCCGAAUAAUCCAUAUCAUGGAAAGUAUCAACAGAAAUGGUGACAAAACGGCUCAACGAAAGAAGAAGACCAUUCCAUGGUAUGAACUAUGGUAUCAACGAAUAUUUUCGGCUUUAUCUCAAGGUUCCGAGCCACCUUUUGAUCACUUGAUAGAUUCACACCUACCGUCCCUCACCCCUGAAAUUGCAAAGCACCUCGAAUCAGAGAGCUUCUGUGCCAUCAUGAGUGUCCACAAAGGAUUGGUUACUAAAGCGAACCUAGUAGCGUUCAGGUGUAGCAUUCAAACUUCUCAAGAAUCACCUGAGAAGGACGAAGAGACAGUUUGGGUCAGUAUGGAUGAUGGUAUGAGCAUAAUUGCAGAACAAGACCAUCCGCAAGAUGUAAUAGAUAUGGAUCAAGAUUUGAACCAUGAGGAGGAUAACCCAAUGGAUCUAGAUCAAGGACAUGAUCCAAGAACACCUUCCGAAACCGAUAUCGGCCCAAUUCAGGAUAUCAUCGAGGUCAGCGAAGAUGAUAGUGGAAGCCACAAAUCUUUUCCAUUAUCCAUGCCAUCCAGUGAUCACACAUCAAAGACACCCUCAGAUCUGGGGUCAUUGGAUUUGCUUUCUAUGGUUCCCCGGGAAAUGUUUGAACCUGUCACCCUUGGUCAGAACUGCCAGUGGUACUGCCCCAUUCGUCAGUGUCAAUUCUCACUCAACCUGAGGAGUACAUUACCAUAUAAAAUGCUCCAACAACUGGAUGGUGACGAUAAACUGUUCCUGCAGAUGUCUUCUUGGACGUCUAGAUCUCCGAUUGCAGCUAGCAUUCUCAAUAAGAUGUGCUCUUCCCACUAUAUUGACCAUUUGCAACAGAUAGGCCUGACAAUGAGCGGUGUAAGUGACUCCUUAGGAGUGUCUCUCAAACUCACUGGUUCACAGGGUCAGAUACGGCGACUUGAUUGA